AUGUUUGAAUGUGAUGGUGGAGGUGGUGGUGGUGGCAGUGACGGUGAUCGGGAUGACAGUGGUAAUGGUGAUAGUGGCGGUUAUGGUGGGGCUGGUAGUGGAGGUGAUGGCGAUUGGUGGUGGUGGUGGUUGUGUUGGGGGGUGGCGGUGGUGGUGGCAGUGACAACGAUAACUAUGGUGGUGGUGGCGACGGCAAUGGUGAUAGUCAUGAUAAGAUGGUGGUAG